UAUAUGUACAAACACUCUAAGCGUUAAAAGAGAAGUUAAAAUAUUCAACAUUAUCAUCCUCUCUUUCUUUUCUAGUAGUGUGAUCUGAUUUUAAGAAAACACGUGAACUGUUAAGACUUUAACUCGCAUUACUGCUCUGUCAGUCAGUGAGUUAUUAUAAAGACAGGAUGGAGUUCAGUCCUCUCCCUGUGAUGCUCUUUUUGGUUUCACUUGUACCAGCAGUCUGUACUCAAGGGUGGCCUAAAGCUGUGGUGUCCAUAAAGCCUGAUACACACGUGUUCAUUGGAGAGAGUGUUACUCUCAGAUGUGACAUACUGGGAGGAGGAAACACUCAGUGGAGAUACUACUGGUAUAAGGAUAAUAAAAUCCAAAAAAAAAAUGAAACAUUAUUUACUAUUUCGUCUGCUGAAAACACUGACAGUUGUGACUACACCUGCCAAAGAGCUCAAUCAGAGAUCAGUGCUGCUGUUAGACUGACUGUAUCAGCAAAACCCAAACCGACUGUGAGAGUGAAUCCUCAGAGCUCCAUCUACACUGGAGACACCGUCACUCUGACCUGUGAGCUGAAUCAGGGCACUGGAUGGGAGUUUCUCUGGUACAAAAAUGAUCAGCCAUUACAACGUUUGAGUUCUGACCCAGAAAACACCAACACACUCCCUGUGACAGUGAAUAAUACAGGGGACACAGUGUAUAAGUGCAGAGCACACAGGAAUAACACCUGGGCAAAAUCACACUACGACACAGAGUACAGCGAUGAAGACACGAUUACUGCAAAAGCAAAACCCAAACCGACUGUGAGAGUGAAUCCUCAGAGCUCCAUCUACACUGGAGACACUGUCACUCUGACCUGUGAGCUGCAGGAGUUCACUGGAUGGGAGUUUCUCUGGUACAAAUAUAAUCAGCCGUUACAACGUUUCAGCACUGAACCAGUAAACACCAACACACUCCCUGUGACAGUGAAUAAUACAGGAGACACAGUGUAUAAGUGCAGAGCACGCAGAGGUAAAGCCUGGGCAGAGAAAGAGUCCUACACAGAGUACAGCAAUGAAGUCACUAUUACUGCAAGAGAGAGACCACAUGCAGUACUGAGUGUAUCUCCACAGAGCUGGCUGACUGAAGGAGACUCAGUGACUCUAAACUGUGAGAUUACAGACUCCUCUACAGACUGGACAUUCAGCUGGUACACAGUUGUUCCCUACAGAGAUGGUGUGACUCAAAUAUAUUAUACGGAUGGCUCUAUCAUGUAUGUGGAGCUCCUCUCAGACAGCAGCAGAGGAUCUGGAGGCUCCUACACUCUCAGUCCUGCUGCUCUUAAACACACAGGAGUUUAUGUGUGUAGAGGAGAGAGAGGAGAACCAGCCUUACACACACAGUACAGCAAUCUACAGACACUAUGGAUCACUGGUGAAUCUCCUCCAGUCUCUCUGAUCAUCAAUCCCAGCAGAACUCAACACUUUACUAAUGACUCUCUCUCACUGAGCUGUGAGGACCAGAGUAACUCUACUGGAUGGACAGUGAGACGAUACAUACACAGUGGAGGAGUGUCAGAUUGUUCACACUCAUGGUGGGGAUCAGUUACAGGAUCUACAUGUAAAAUCAGCUCCCUCUCCACAUCUGACACUGGAGUUUACUGGUGUGAGUCUGAAUCUGGAGAAAACAGUAAUCCUGUCAACAUCACAGUGCAUGGUUCAUCAGGUGUAGAAGCUCCAUUCUCAGUGCUCAUGCUGAUCAGUAACGUAGUGACGGCCUCUCCAUAUCUGCUGGUGACCAUCAUUCUGCUGCUCAAAUGUUACAGAGCUCAAGGUUGA